AUGACUCCUGCCGUGAACCGUCCCACCGAUACCAAGCAGAAGGAGCAGGACAUCAACUCCAAGCUCCAACUGUUUGGAAUCUACCAUGCCUUCAAGAACAGCAAGCUGCCCUCUAACAAGCAGUGCGAUGUCGCCUUGAACAGUGCCCUUGCCUCCAAGGCCCUCUCAUCACCACCGGCGGACCUUUCUGACGAUGGCAAAGUCCUCAUCCAGGACUUGCGCAAUGUCAUUGAGCAGGCCAAGCUGAUGCUGCUCACUAAGAACGAGGGCGAGCUUCUACAGGAUUUUAUCUGGCAGGCUCAGCAGAUCACCGCUGGCGAUGCCAAGGCCCCCAAUAUGCCUGUCUCCAAGGAGGCUGGCAAGCAAGAUGGCGAGAAGACCCUGCAGGGUCUCAAGACUCUGGGAACGCUCUUGAUCACAAACGGAGAGUUCCGAAAGAUUCUGAGUGACGCAACUGUUUUGCUGCGCGAUAUCGCCGCCGAUGCUUCCCAGAAAGCUGCCAACCAAGUGCGCCCAUCUGAGGACCAGCUUGCCCAGAUCGAUACCCCGGCUGAGGAGAACGUAUGGCACGAGAAGCCCAACGUCUCCAAGGAUGACCUGAAGAACCGCUUCAAGAAAAACAAGGAUGACAAGGCAAGUCUUGCCUCUGCUUCCAAUGCUCAGUACGAAGGCGGCGAUGCCGCAUCUGAGACCCCCUCGGAGAUGAAUCGUACCAAGAAGUAUGCCAACAAGACCAAGGAAUACCUCGCGGAGAAAAUCCCCAAGGAGCGUCGGGAGCAGACCAUCUGGCGCUUGAAGAAGAUGGUCAUUGAGGUUCAAGGCCAUGCCGAUUACCAGCAAGCUAUUGAAACCCUGCUUGACAUGGCUGAGAAGUACGCUGGUCACACCAAGCAGGCCGGUACUCACAGUAGCGGUGCCGUUAAGGACAUCCGCUCCACUGACAGCGUGCAGACUGUUGAGCAAAACUUGCGUACUCUCAUCGAGCGCUUUGCCAACAACACCUCCCUGUCUGACUUCUUCGAGUCUCUGGACAACAUCUACCGUGAUGCUGACAAGGACCCCGAGCUGCGUGGUUGGUUCAAGAACGUUGACACCUAUAUCCGCAAGUGCCUGCGCGAGCAGGGCUUCAUUCUGGAGGAUGAGGCUACCAAGCAGUGGAACGAGCUGUACGAGAAGGGUCGCUACUUGAUCCGUGAGCGCUACCGCACCCACAGUGACCGCAUCAUCGACGAGAUUAAGUUCCUCGCCGAGCAGUUCGAUAAGGACCCCCGCAACAAGGCUCUGGCUGAGUCUGUUCAGACUCUCUUCAAGGACCUGGGUCGCGAUUCAGGUGGCAAGGUUGUCUUCAAGAAGCACCUGCUCACCGAUCUUCGUGACAUCAUCCUGCCCGGCAUCUUCGAGAACGUCCGCUACGUUCCCAUUCCUCGUAUCGAGGUGUCUGACCCUAUGGUCGACGUUGUGAUCGAGAAUCUUGUCAUCGAGAGCGACAACCUCAUGCCUAAUGUGGUUGAGUUUGGCAGCGACAACUACUUCCGCUGGGGUCGUAAGAAGAUCUCCAACAAGCGCGACAACAAGAUCAUGAUCGCCGCCUCUGGUAUCCAGGCCGACCUGCGUGAUGUCAGCUACCACAUUAAGAAGAAGCAGGGCUUCCCUUCCAUUACCGACACCGGUAUCAUGGAUCUUCUGCUCAGCGGUGAAGGCUUUGGCUUCAAGAUUGCCGCCUCCACCGUCAACAAGGGUGACAAGCAGCACAUCGUCAAGCUUGAUAAGGUCUCCGUCAACAUUAAGAACCUCGACAUCAAGCUCAAGAAGUCCAAGCACAAGGUUCUCUUCUCCACCUUCAAGCCUAUGCUCUUCCGUGUCGUCCGCCCCGCUCUGGAGAAGGUCGUCGAGGCCCAGAUCCGCGAAGCUUUCAACAAGGGCGAUGCAUGGGCCAACGAGAUCUCCAUCGAAGCCAGAAAGGCCGCUGAUGCCGCUCGCGAGGACCCCGAGAAUGCUCCCAGCAUGUUGUCGCGCUACGCCGACGCCAUCCGCGCCCGUGGCCAGGCCAAGGCUAAGGAAGCCGAAGCUGUCGCCAAGCGCGACACCAAGGUCCAGACCGUCAUGACCCUGCACGACUCUAUCUUCCCCGAGAUCCAGCUUCCUGGUGGCGUCUCCACCAAGGCCACCGAGUACGCCGACCUGGCCGCGAAGGGCGAGCGCUGGGAGUCCCCCAUCUUCAGCAUUGGCAGUGCCUCCGAGUCCUCCAACGUUCCCUCCGCCGGUCAAGUCACCCGCAAGCCCCACACCACCGCCGAUGACGUCGCCGGUGGUGGUGUUGCUGGUGGUGUUGCUGGUGCCGUCGCCGGUGGUGCUGCCGGUAACGCCGCCGCAGCAGGUGCCUCAAGCUCUGCUGCUAAUGCUGCCAGCGGUACUAAGGUCGAUGGUUACCCUUCUCGUGGCUUCUCCGAUGAAGUCGACCAGGCCUUCGUCAAUGGAAAGGGCGUUAGUGAUAUGAAGUCUACCAACGUCCCCACCCAGGUGACCAACGGCUCGGCUGUCAGCUACUAA